ACUCUGUGUCGGAAACAUCGGUGUGGCCGAUGAGAUGCAAUAUCGCGCUCUGCGUGGUGAAUGAGGAGCACGAAAGCGCAAGAUUGCGGAGUUGUGGGGUGGGAAAGCUCGCCCUGUUUGGCUGUGCUGUUGUACACUUUCCAAAAUGGUCUCUAGCUUCAGGCGAAAGUGGUGUGUGUGCUUUUGAGAGGCAGGAAUCACGAGCAUCUGGCGGCUUUGGCUCUCUGGCUGGUGUCACAAUCAUUGGCUCAUCACUUUAUUGCGAGUUGAAUCCCGGCGUAGUCGCAAUAAUCCACUGCUCGUCGCAGUUCUGCCUUUUUUCUCUGCGCUCUCUUUCUCUCUCUCUCACCAUUCCGCGAACAGGAAAGGCUCGCGGCGGGCAUUUUACUUCAUCGCGGGUUGUGUGGUGAUUUGUGUAAUUAGAGUCUGCAGUGUAAGUAGCGAAAUAAGAAGUGUGAACUAAUAGCGAGAAGCGCCAGUAUCUGUGUUACUUAAAAUUCAUCAUGAGAGUGAAUCUUUAGUGCGGUGAAUCAUUUUGCAUAGGAGGACUUUCGUGGUAAUUUGCAUUUUAUCUGGUGAAGACACACCGAACAGCGAUGAUUCUGGAGACAGUUCUCCUCUAUCUUGUCGCCCUGUCGUGGGCAUCGUCGUCACUGGCGCACGAGGAAGUGCCUCUGAACACCACGACGAAGCUCAACUUGAAGAAUGACGAAUACUUGACGGAGAAAAUAAUCCCGGACAUUCAGUUUGUGGUCCAGAAGCAGCUCAAUGACAAAAAGUUCGAGACACUCAACAUGUUUCUGGUCAUUCUCAAGAAUUCAUUAAUUGAGAGCGGCUACCGAGUCACCAAGGAUAUUCCAUUCACAAUCAUUGUGCCUAAAGUGGACACCAAGAGUGUCGACAAGGAUCGCCUGAAGGAGUUUCUGCUGGAGCACAUCAUUCCCGGAAUCGCCUUUCAGACCUUCACCGAUGACGAUGUGUAUGGCAAUGGGAACUACCACAAGCUGAUCUUCACGAAGCUCCAGAAAGACGACGAGAUGCAGUGGUUCAUUAACGGCGUGAAAAUCCUCCGGAUGGAGAUCAUCAACGAGCGCAUGUCCGUGAUAUUCAUCGACGGCCUGCUGGGCGACAAGCGCAGCACAACGUACUCCAAGAGGAACAUCCAGGAGACGAAUCGCUACAAUGAGCCACAGCGACUGGAGAUGAAAAACACCACGAAGCACGAGGCGAUGGUGGCGAAGGACAGCAAGAUAUCCGCCCUGAUGGCCUUCCUGGCCAGCAUGAAGACCGGCACCAAAGUGUUUCAGCACUUCCUGUCCAAGAGCAACUUAUCCCAUUAUCUCAAUGACGUGCACUACGCUGUGCUCAUUCCCACGGACAAUGCAUUCCAGCGAUGGCACCCAAUUGACUGGGGCUUCUAUCCAUUCAGCGUGCACGAGUUCACCGAGAGUGUCUUGCGAAACCACUUCAUUCAGCUCAAGACGCCCCUCCGCAUGGAAGACAUCAAGCGCAUCCACGGUGAGCGCCGCUUCAAGACGCUCGGCGGCGAGACUGUGGUCUUCAAGAGCAUCCCCACUCCCAACAUCAAUAACGUGACCAUCCUCUCGGAUCACUCCCUCGCGAACGGCAAUCAGGUGUUUCUCAUUUCCGAGGUGCUCUUCGUGUCCGAGGCCAUCGUCUCGCGCCUCCAUCAGAUGCACAAGGACAAGGAGACACCGCCCUUGCUGGCCUUCCCCUGGUUCGGCGCCCAGUUCCUCUCGCACUCCUUCCUCGCUCUCGAGAGAGACACGCGAUUCACGCAAAUCACAAGAUGGCUCAACACUGCUGAAAUAGCGCCCUUCGUGUCCGGCUCCAACUACACCUUCUUCGUGCCCAUGGACUCUGCCUUCGAGAAGCUGGGCUACGACGCCCUGCCGGACAGCGUGCUGGCGUCCGAGGAGGGCAUUCGCAUGCUCUUGAACCACUUCGUGCGCGGCCGCCUCUACGAUCGUGACUUGCGACACGACGAGGUGUUCGAGACCGUGGGCGGAGGGGCGAUUCGCGUGGAGAGAUCUCCGUCAGGCAACGUGACCGUGAACGGCGCCCGCGUCAUCGAGAAGGAGCACUUCGUGUAUAACCUCGGCACAAUGUUCUACAUCGAGAGUAUUCUGUACCGGGAUCUGGUGCAGGCGAGUCUCACCACCACCACCGAGGCGUCAUCGUCAAUCUCCACACAGGAGCCGGAAAUGGAGACCACAAAGAGCGUCACAGUGCCAGAGGGAUCUGCGGAUGUGAAGAGGGAGAAGGAAGAGGAGCCCAGCCUCACCGAGGAGGACAUCCUGUUCGAUGAGGACAUCACUCCGCGUGCCCUUCCCGUGCGAUUUCAGGCAAGCUCACCGAAAUAGGGA